UGUAAUAGCUUUCCUGACUCACAUAUACUUAGUUAACUUUACUCAGUAAUAUAAAAUACAUACUUCUUACUAGGUUUUGUUGAGUUACAGUCAAUUGCAGGUUGAAAAUAACAAUUUACUUAAUUGUUUGAGUGACGCUUACUUGAAACAAGCAAGUAGCAACAAAGGAUGCAAUGACGUUCUUACACCAGUGAGAGGCAGCAGUGCAAUAAAGCGUGCCUAAGGUGCAGAAAAAAAAAACGAAGAAAAAGAAGCGGCACUGCAAGAGCAUGCGUAAUUUGUAGGUCUCGGCGCCAAUUCUCCAGAUGUGGAAAGACGUUGACAGGCCACCUACGUUUUUAUCCGGAGCUUCGUUACUUUUUUUGAAAGAAAAAGAAUAAUAAUAAGAAGUCCUUCUGGCAGCUGCCUCCUGAUUGGUCUUCAACACACAGGUCUUGAUACACUGGUGAGGACUUUAUAUUUUGUUAAUAUUUUGUUGACUAAACCAACUUAAAAUAUAUGUCCACUUCAAAUAAUCUCUUGCAGAUGCAGUGGAACUGUAAGCACUGUAUUUUUUCUGCAAACAAAAGAGGACUUUUGUUAAAACAUUAUCGUCUAAAACAUGGAGGCUUCACUCGGCAACAGCCAAUACCAUGUCUUCAUAUGGAUUGCUUGUGCUCUUUCAAGUCUUUUAACGCACUCAAAGUGCACUUAUCUGUUUGGCACUCUCAAUCAGACAGACAAACAAGUGAACCCAAAGUUGCGUUUCACUGCCAGUUAUGCGAGUAUGUGCAGCCCUGCACUGAAUCUGAGUUUUUCACUCAUUUACGCAGUCAUUUAAAACUUAAACAAAGCGUUUCAUGCCCAUAUGAAGGCUGUCAGUUUGAGAGUAAUGUAUAUUCAACGUUUAAUGCUCACAAAAGCAGAGUACACAGUGGGAGUUCUACAACCCAAUUUAAAGGUCCAAUACUUUCAAACAUUGAACAAUUAGAUCAACUGACUGAAGUGGCUGAAGAGGUGCCUUUACAGGAUGACAAUUGUGUAGAUGAGUCUGUAGAUGACAUGCAGGACUUAGAAAUUCAGUUAGAACGUAACCUGGCUUCAUUAUUUUUGAAAAUGCAAGCAAUCCUGCACAUAUCUGAAAGCGCUGCACAAGAAGUAAUCCAGCAGAUUAAUCAGAUCCAAAUGCUUUCACAGCCAUUACUACAAAAUGCUGUCCAGAAAAUUAUCAGUCAUCACUGUAGUGAUGUGGAUAAUUCCAUAGUAAGUGACAUUGUUAGUGUAGUGUCACAAAGUAAUGUCCUGCUGAAAUUUACCAGUGCAGAAGGAUCCCUGUCAACAGCUAGCAGAAGAGCAUCUUAUAUGCUGCGAGAAUUUCCAGUCGUCAUGCCAGUUGAGUUUGCUCUUGAUAAAGAUCACUCAUUUGUGUAUGUCCCCAUACUGAAAAUGUUGAAGACAUUGCUUAACAAUAAGGACAUUUUGGAUAAGGUGCUGCACGCAGAGGGGAUUUCACCUGAAGGAUACCACUCAUUCAGAGACGGCUCUCAUUUCAAAGAAAAUAUUCUUUUGAAUGUAGAAGAAUGUAGGAUUGCCCUUGGUCUAUACAUUGAUGACUUUGAAGUUGCUAAUCCAAUUGGAACCUCCAAGAAAAAACACAAACUAUGUGCCAUAUAUUGGGUACUUGCUAAUCUUGAUUCCAAGUAUCGGUCGGCUCUUCACUCCAUCCAACUUGCACUUUUGUGCAAAGUUAACACUGUAAAAGAGCAUGGCUAUCAUGAAGUUCUUCGUCCUCUCAUUCAGGACAUUGCAACUCUUGAGGAAAGUGGUGUGUAUAUUGAACGAUUAGCAGAAAGUGUUAAAGGCACUGUACUCUAUGUGGCAGCGGACAACUUGGGGGCUCACUCUUUGGCAGGAUUCCAGGAGAGUUUUGCAGCAGAUUACUUUUGUCGGUUUUGUAUGUGUAAACAAGAUAACAUUCAGGAUAAGGAGGUCAGAUCUGGUCUACUUCAGCCAAGGACAAGAGAGAACCAUGAAAACAUGUGCACGAGGUUUCCCGUGACCAUACUAUGGCAAAACAUCAUGGCGUAAAAAGAGGAUGUCCACUAUCUGAAAAAUUGACACACUUUCACGUGGUGAAUGGUUUCCCACCUGACAUUCUUCAUGAUUUUUUGGAGGGUUUAAUACCAGCAGAAUUGUCACUGUGCCUUAAGGAUUUGAUUGCCAAAAAAUAUAUUUCUUUGGAGUCCUUGAAUAGGGCUAUUAGGCAGUUCCCUUACACAUUUUCUGAUAAAGCUGACAAACCACAGAUCAUUCCAAAAACUUCCUUCUCUAGGGGAACUACUGGGGGAAAUGGUCAUGAAAAUUGGUCUCUGCUGAGGCUGCUUCCAUUGAUGAUAGGCCACAACAUCCCUGAAGGAGACCAAUCAUGGGAGAUACUGAUGCUUCUUAAAGAUACACUGGAGUUGGUAAUGUCAGCACACUUUACGGAUGAGUUAAUACACUUCUUGGACUGCAAAAUCUCAGAACAUCGUGAGUUAGUGCAGAAAACUUUUCCAAACUACAGACUUCGUCCCAAACAUCAUUUCAUUGAACACUAUCCUCAAAUGAUACAAAUCUUUGGCCCUCUAGUAGAUGUGUGGACAAUGAGGUUUGAAGGGAAGCACAAAUUUUUCAAGAAAGUUGUACAUGACACAUGCAAUUUCAAGAAUGUAGCACAUACCUUAGCUGUAAGACACCAGAAAAUGAUGGCCUUCCAUUUGGAUUCCUCAACAUUCUUCAAGCCUCUUUUGGAAAUUGAUAAAGUGAGAUCAGUUAUGGUCACAUCCUUCCCUGAGAAUGUUCAGAGUUCACUGCAUCAGCAAAAUGGCAAGCAAUCUUCAGUGCUGGUUGCAUCAUCUGCAUGUGUUCAUGGUGUGAAAUACUGUGCAGAUAUGAUUGUCUCUGUUGGCAGUUGCUCAGGUCUUCCAGAGUUUAGACAAAUAACACACAUUGUGGUUAUCAACACAGAAAUUAUGUUGGUCUGCAGGAUUUUGAGCUCCUGGUACAUUGAACAUUUGCGUUCUUAUGAAUUGUGCUUUGGUGGGGCAGGGUGUCUUACAGUGACCCAUCUGUCUGAGCUUAAUGAUGUUUUCCCCUUAUCUGCCUACCGAGUAAAAGGCAAUGUGUAUGUGACACUGAAACGUUACAUUCUGUGCUGAAUGAAAAUACAUCAAAUGGCCACUAAAGAGAAUUUCUUUUUUUUCUUCUUUUUU